UAUAGCUGAUUGUAGAGUGUCGACCGUAGACGUGUCAUGAAAGGUUGAAGCUGUUGGGUAUUUUCGUUAAAAACGUUUCAAUAUGCGGUGUGGAUUUUAUUUAACCCUUUUGAGUGUCGCCAUUUUAUAUUUAAAUCAUGCCAGUGGUCAGUACAGGGCUAAAGGCAACCAGGGUCCUUCUCUCGGAGAACGGGUUCAACAGCUGAGUGAAAUGGCUAUGAAGAGACCAGUGCUUAGAUUCAAUGGGGGAAAAUUCAAAGAAUUUGUCAAGACUACACCACGGAAUUAUUCAGUUAUUGUAAUGUUUACAGCCAUGGCACCACAGAGGCAAUGUCAAAUUUGCAGGCACGCGAGUGAUGAAUUCACCAUAGUGGCAAACUCGUUCCGAUAUUCCCAGUCGUAUUCAAACAAGUUGUUCUUUGCAGUUGUAGACUUUGACGAGGGUGCCGAUGUUUUCCAAAUGUUAAGGUUGAAUACAGCACCUGUAUACAUACACUUCCCACCAAAAGGGAAACCAAAAUCUACUGAUACUAUGGACAUUCAAAGAGUUGGAUUUGCCGCUGAAGCUAUUGCCAAAUGGAUUUCUGAGCGCACUGAUAUUCAGAUCAGGGUGUUCAGACCGCCAAAUUACUCUGGUACGGUGGCUGUAGUGAUGCUACUAGUAUUGAUCGGUGGUUUCUUGUACCUCAGGCGAAAUAAUUUGGAUUUCAUAUACAACAAGACGAUUUGGGGCCUCAAUGCUUUGUUCUUCACGUUUGCGAUGGUCUCUGGACAGAUGUGGAAUCAUAUCAGAGGCCCCCCAUUUAUCCACAAAUCGCAAAACGGUGCUGUUGCCUAUAUCCAUGGGUCGUCCCAGGGUCAAUUUGUUCUUGAAACUUACAUAGUCAUGGUCCUGAAUGGUGCUGUGGUACUGGGGAUGAUUAUGAUGACCGAAGCUGCGGCUCGGAAAGGAGACGUCAGAAAACGAAGAAUUUUUGCUGUUAUUGGAUUGGGGCUUGUAGCAGUUUUUUUCAGCUUAAUUCUCUCUAUAUUUAGGAACAAGGCUCAAGGAUACCCGUAUAGUCUUCUCUUCAAAUAGGAAACUCAGACGUGACACAGAAGAAAUACAUAACUCCUUCGAGACCAACAUCUAGCGACGAUUUAUUAUCUUCAAUGGCAUAAUUUAUUUACAAUACAAUUCUCUGCAAAUGUGACAGUUUGAUAUUUAUUGUAGAGAUGGAAAGAUCUAAGUUGAAUGUCAAUUUACACUAACAUAUUAUAUUCACUAUGUCCGAAACAGCAUUCCUGUUCUAAUUUGUCCACAUAAUUACCAUUUGUGUGGCAGGAGUAAAGAUUCUAAAUCUUUGCAUAGGGUGAAUUAAUGGAAAGUGUUUCCAUUUUUUUUUUUUAACAGUGAUAACAAUAACAUAGUUGGAUUAUUCACUGUUUUCAGAUAGUUAAACGUAGUUAAGAUAUUUUAAGACUUUUUCUUUUGUACGGAUUGAGUGCUCUGCUGCUAUAUUUACAUUAUACACGUAUAUUACAGCUCAAAAUAACAUCGCACCACAUAAACCAUCAGGUACUUUUAAUAAUAUUAAAAAAUUUUAAUAUCAAAAAUACAUUUGAUUAUUAAAUAAAAACCGUAGUAUUAAUCAACAAUCAACGCUGCAACAGUUACAAUAUCCAAGGUAUCACAGCUCUUCUCUGUUUUGGAUAUUCUUUAAAUGACUCGACAUACCACCAAUGACCAAGCAGACCAGUUGCUACCUAUAAAUGAAAGUUUUAUUUGUAACGUAAGCUUGAAAGAAAGGAAAAGCACUUGGUUCUGA